GGCAUCGAAUUUAUUUAAAUUUUGAUCCUGGCUCGAAUACAUAACAUGGCCGAAAUGUCUCCGGGAGCGGGUGAAAAGUUAAUUAGUGGUGCCAGCCGUAAAUUGGGUCUGCUGGGUCAUUUGAAAAUGGCCAAAUUCAUGUUUCUCAUCAUAUCGGCAAUUGUAUGUGUUAUAAUUUUCUAUGCCAAUACCUCGGUCAUAGGUCGUAGAUCGCUGUUUGCCCUGUUUCUGACCAAGGGGGAGGAGCAUAGCAGUGAACAUGCAGCAGCGGCAGCCUUUGGCAACAAUGAUGCUGCUGCAGAAGAGGAUAUGGAAGAGCGUCGUAUGAUAAAUGCUGGACAAUUGGAGGAAACAACACUGCCACUUAAUAAUGGAGAAGCGGGAGGUGACGGAAAUGACUGGCUAAUAAGUUCAACAACCUCACGUCGGCCCAGAAAGUCUUUGAUUAUGAAGACCAUAUUGUUAAAACCACCCACAAUGCGUAACGGCUCGGUGCAGAUAUAUAAUUUAGCACCUGGUGGAGGUGGCGCGGCAGCUGGUGACUACGAAACCUCUACGGAUUAUAAUAUAUUUGUGAUUUACACAAAGGAGAACUAUCAACUCCAUGUCAAAUUUGAAUUGUUCGCCAAGAGCCUUUUGAAGUUCGCCAACUCCGGAGUAUUGCUGCACCUACAUGUACUCACCGACGAAACAAGUGGCCAUUCCGUCGAACAAAUCUUGGAAUCUGAGAUACGUCGUUAUAGACGUACCAUUAUCUAUAGCCUGUACAGCAUGCACUUGUGUGCCGAACAGGUGAUGGACAUUGUCAACACCAUGACACCUUACUUUAGUUCUACACCCAAAUCCUAUUACAGUGAUGCCCUUUUCUUCCUUUCACUGGGCCUACAUCGCAUCGCCGAUGAACGAAUGGAACGUGCAAUAUUACUCGAUUGUGACAUAGUCUUCCGGGCUGAUGUACGGCUCUUGUUCAAUGAAUUUGAGCGGUUCUCAGCUGAUCAUUUGUUUGGUUUGGCACCGGAAUUGACACCGGUCUAUCGUCAUAUAUUGUAUCGAUAUAGGGCGAAUUAUCCCCAAACCGAUUUUGGUAGUCCUUUCUAUUUGCCACCUUCACAUCAGGAACUGCAGCAGCAGCACUCCUCGGGGAAACAUGGUUAUCCUGGUUUAAAUUCUGGUGUUGUUCUCUUGCAUUUACAGCGUAUACGCAAAUCCCCGCUGUACCAUCAUCAGCUGCAGGAUGUUCAGGUACGCAAGCUAACCACUAAAUAUAUGUUCAAGGGCCAUCUGGGUGAUCAGGAUUUCUUUACCCUAUUGGGUUAUGAAUUUCCCAACUUAAUUUAUCGCCUUGAUUGCAUAUGGAAUCGGCAGCUAUGUACAUGGUGGAAAGACCAUGGUUACAGUGAUGUAUUCGAUAAAUAUUUCACCUGUAAGGGACGUAUUAAAAUGUAUCAUGGCAAUUGUAAUGCCCGAGUGCCGGAAUAG